AUGCGCAUCCGAACGCAGUUGCUGGUGGAUAAGUACAACAGUGACCGCGCUGAGCUGAACUUGGCCAGGCAGAAUACAACAUUGACCGAGACCAAAAGUAUCUUCAUAUUUGAUGAGGACAGUGUCACUGCAUUCCUAGCAUGGCAGUAUCUUCCAGUGGCAAUCGCUACCGUCGUCGCUAUCUGCUGGGAACCUCUGGAUGUGGCCGUCCGACGACUCGAGCCUUUCUACCAACUAUGCAGUAAUGAUGGCGGAAUCGCCUCCAACGCAAUGUGUCUCGACUAUGUGGCAAAGUUCACUCCGACCGUCCCUUACAGCGCAGUGUGCAAUCGCCACUACGCGGUAGCCAUCUCUGCGACGCUCUACAUCAUAACGGCAUCGGUUAUUCCAGUAUUCACCGGUGGUCUAUGGACUAUCGAUUGGGGUAGCCUUUCGCCUUCGUCUCAGCGGCCUAAGGGUCCAAACAUCGCUACAAUAUCAGUCCACGCAGGAUUCACAAUCACAGCUCAGGCUGACAGCACCAUCCGUACAACAUUCCAGCUUACCGCCAACAGGUCUCCAGGGCACCCGCUGUAUCUCACCAACGCGGACCGCACAUUUGCCGGUGAUCGUGGUGAUGGUGGCGGAUGGUGGCUAUCCAAGCGUGCGAUAUGGAGUGCGGAGGUAUUCAUCUGGCUGGGCCAGGCAGCCAUUGCCGCUGCCAUCUAUAAAGUCGCCAGGGCCCUGGGUUCGGACAGUAUGGCGGAGAGCAUCAAGCCCACAAUUGCUAAGAUGGUUUUUACACUCUGCACGUCUUUCGGUGGCAUGAUGUGGCAGAGCAUUCAACGCGACGUCCAGGUAUUUGAACCUUGGCGACAGCUCACACGGAAUGGUAGAGGCUCCAUAUUCGAAGCGCUUGUUCAAUCGGAUAUUGUGAGUUUAGGUCUGGUUGGUGGAAUGGCCGUUAGCCUAAGAAGAGGGUGGCUGGUAAGUCUGUGGGCAUCAUUCUCUGUGGUCAUGGUACACGUUGCUGUGGUGUUUGUGCCGCCAUUACUGGAGCUGGCCUAUGCUGCGGGUAUUUUGAACGAUUCCCCGUACGAGCAGCGUGUAUUUGGGGUCCUGCAGGGAGCAUCCGGACUGGCUCUUGCGGUCACCGGCGUCGCGAUACACUUAGUUAUAUUUGGAAAUAUGCUCUUCCUGUUGCUGAGCGGUAGAAGCCGGCCGCUGAUGCCACGAAGACCCACAACCAUUGCCAGCUAG